AUGGGAUCCAACGACUCCCCCUCCCUCCCCGCCUUGGCCACCAACCCCAAGUUCAUCUUCUUCACCGACUUCGACGGCACCAUCACCCAACAAGACAGCAAUGACUUCAUGACCGACACUCUAGGGUUCGGCCCGGCACUCCGCAAGAAGGGAAACGAGAGCGUCCUCUUCGGCCACCGCGACUUCCGCGACAGCUUCUCGGAGAUGCUGGACAGCAUCAGCACGCCCUUUGACCAGUGCAUCGAGACUCUGCUCAAAAACAUCACCCUCGACCCUGGAUUCAAGGAGUUCUUCCACUGGGCCAAGGAGAUCAACAUGCCGAUUGUGAUUCUUAGUGGCGGCAUGGAGCCUGUCAUCAGGGCGUUGUUGGCCCAUUUCUUGGGUAAGGAGGAGGCGGAUAGCUUGCAGAUUGUUAGCAACCAGGUGGCUGUUAGGCCGGGAAAGCAGAGUUUGAAUGAGGAGGGAGGGUGGAUGAUCACUUACCACGAUGACAGUGGAUUCGGCCACGACAAGUCCCUCGAAAUCCGCCCCUACGCCAACCUGCCUGCCGACCAAAGGCCAGUCCUCUUCUACGCCGGCGAUGGCGUCUCGGAUCUCUCAGCUGCCAAGGAGACGGACCUUCUCUUUGCAAAGGCUGGAAAGGAUCUAAUCACCUACUGCGAAAAGGAGAACGUGCCCUUCACCACGUUCCACGACUUUACCGAGAUCCUCGCUGUGGUCAAGGACAUUGUUGCGGGCAAGGUGACCGUCAAGGAGGCUGCUGUUGGCAGGAAAUGA